AUGCCGGACAAUCGGAAAGUGUCGGGCUCGACAUGUAUCCGACCCGGCCAACGAGUUCAACUCACCCAUAACUACGGGUGCGGGAGAUGGGUUUGGAAAUUCUUCAAGGGGCCAGAACACACUGAUCUCACUAUACUACCUACCAAACAAAACAUAGCCUGGCCUCCCGGCGUAGCGCCGGAUCAAAAUUGCAACACCCAAAUAUGCUGUAAUGAAGGUUCCACCCAUCCUCCCUCCAAAUCCCUUGUAGGCUAUACACCACAUCCUGAAGAACUACAAAACAGCACCGCGUGGUACCAGUUGAAAAACUUCCCACACACUAAUGUUGGUGCUAUGUAUAUACUCUAUCAGAUAAAGAAUGAUGGAAAAGAUCCGAAAAAGUGCUACCGCACAAAGGACCUUGAACCAGCAGCAUACCGGUGCAUGCACAUGGCACCCCAUAACCUCACACAUAUAUUCUAUAAUGACAUAACGUAUAACCUGUCUCUUCCCCUCACAGAUGAAAGCCGACCAAAAACUUUUGUGUGGACCGCACGAAAAGAAGGAGUGUACUGUGUAGGCAGCUGCCUACACAGUAACAAUUCGUACACCACACCUUUUAAUUGCACAUGGGAAUCAAAAAAUUGUUUCAAUUUGACUACAUGUGGUUAUAAACGACCAACUCAAUGUCCCACACUUCAUCCAACACCCACACAUGGACUGAUUAAGGGUAGCAUGAACAAAACCUUGUUGCACAAUGUCAAUUUAGUAAUGGCACAUAUCUCAUACAACAUUUCAAACAUACUGACUGCAUACACUACACAUUGUGACACGAAAGGGGACACACACACAUGGCUACAGUCACGCAUCGAUGAUCUAGUUGCUGAUUACCAAACCAGACUGGGUGCUCAAGUAAAUUCAAUGCGUAAGAAAAGAGAUUUACUCUCACAAAUAUCUGGCCUUUUCGCUAAUUCGGUAGUAAAUACGUAUAGAAUCAAUGGACAGUCCCAGUACACAAGUUGGCUGGCAAGCCAGGUGGCCACCGGUUUCCAGCACCUCACUAACUCCAAUGAACGAAUCAUUAAGGCUGUACGGUCCGAAGCGCAGGCGCUACUGACCACUAGUCUUGCAUUGUUUAACCAAACACACACUAUCGAGCGUGACGUAGCCUGCAGGGCAUUUGCACAAGAUUUGUUUACAGCUGCCCGUCAAGAGAUUUUAGACUUGCGCCUGCACAAAGUGCCCAAGCAUGCGCUACAAGAUCUUAUAGAGAUCUUGGAUUUACAUAGGUGGUUUGAAUCUGACAAAAUGAAAGAUGUACAGUAUUCUGAAUUAUUGACCACUUUGAUGAUGUAUACGGGCAAAGAAUGCCCCGGUUGUAUUGGAUUCUUUGCCACCUUCCCUCUCAUACAUCCUGAUCAAGUUUUCCCAAAUUCCACUACCAUACAUUCUAUUGGGGUGGUGGCAAACAAUCAGGUGUUAACGUGGGACCACCUUGCAGGGUAUAUGACCGUUGGUAAAACCGAGACACUGUUCACCACCCGAAAUUGCUGCCAUGAGACCACCAAAUAUGUCAUCUGUACUUGUAAUACUUUGCAACCAUUUGCUUUCAAUGAUUCCAAGUUGAUAAAUAUUAGGUCUCUUCAUGGAUAUUCGGACGCCGUUCAAGUGUCCAGCACACAGUGGUGUGUUAUCAGCGAGAUGAACUCUUUCUCCUAUGGUGGGCUGACAUGCCCCGCCAACCACAGCUUCUGUCUGGAAGUGACAGAGGACUUUUCGAUGGGGGCGCUCAGCAUCCUUGGGAGAACCCCCCUGGACUCUGACCUCUCUCCUUGGUGGGAGGACAACUUCUAUGAGGAGGGAACUCAGGCGCUGGCAGACACCAUGACCCUGGUACAACAGCUCAUCCAGCAGGUGGAUUACCACCUUAACCAGGCCCAGGUACAAGCAAACCUGGCCGAGAAGACUGCAGAGCUCCUCACCAGUUCCACCACUCACGCCGCGGAGGCGGCGUACACCUGGUGGGAUUGGAUCUUCAGGGGUUGUGUACUUGCCAGUGCCAUCAUCCUCCUCCUCACGCUGAUACAGUGCUGCUACUUCAGACACCUCAUCCGGUCCUUGAAAAAGGACUCAGAGGCAGCACUGUUGGUCAGCAAACUCCUCACACCUGUUACACGUCAGUGACAAGCCGGUGGGGGGCAUCUUUCACCGAUCACGAUGGACACUGACUGUUACCUUCGUGUACCGAGGGCCAUCUGUAAUCCCCCCCACUGUCUUGACCGUUCUAUGACCACUGACAUCAUCGUCAUCCUCAUCUUCAUCCUCAUAAUCAUUACCUACGAGUUCCUGAGGAAUCUCACAUUUCGUUGCUUUUCUACCAUUCAUGUGUUUGUUUACUGUUUUUGCUAUCUUUAAAUUACAAAGACAAACUUUGCCUAUCUGACGUUUGAAUCACAAGGACGCGCAGCGGGACAAUGCCCUCUGUUCGAAGAUGCCAGCUGUUCAAACUCGCCCCCUCCGGGGUGGGAAACUCGACCCUCUCAGGUGAGGGAGGCAUCCAGUGGUUGCGCGUGCACAGGAAUACCACGUGCCCAGGAGAGACGUGGGCCAGAUGUAUUAAUAUGUGUGGUUUAAACGCGUAAUAUGAUGUAUUGAGAAUUCCAUUAUGUGUUUGGUAUCAAUCUGAUGGUCGUGAUGCGAGUGGUGGC